AUGGCUUUCUUCCGUCAUCAAUCCACUCUCAGAUCUACCCGUGGACUUAUGCUCCGCUUGGCGCAGGCCGCGGAGAUAACUGAUACAACCCAGCAAUUGAGGAUAGUGUGGAUGCGCAUCGACCCAUCCUUGCAACGGGAUGUUGCAGAGCCUAAUGCCGGUACCUCUGUCGCUACAUUCAUGCAGCAGUUGGACCAACGCUACGGUCAGUGGUUGGACAUGGCUAAUCGCGCGAAUCGUCGGCGAUCUGAAGGCCAGCAACCCCAGAGGCGAUACCGGGAAGACCCAUGA